AUGCUUCAUAGUCAGUUUGCCAAGCAACUUUACCGUCCUGUCGUGUGAAGAACUGCGACCGACGCGAAGUCAACGGCUACGCUUGUGCGGAUUCCCAAGCAGCGCUCUUGUCAGAUUAUAUGAUACUAGCAUGACCACAUCCAAUUGAGCGUGGUGACCAGCAAGGCGACACCUGCCGACGCCUCCCGCCAACGCCACCCCACAGCCUUGCUGCCACCCCACGAACGGCGAUGCCCCACCACGCGCGGUGCGGGUGCAGGGGCCGCCGUGCCGCCGCCGCAGCAACGGAGUGCGCGAGUAGCCUAGGCCACAGUGCCUGCCGCCACCCCGUGCCGGGUCCAUUUGGUGAUGCGAGCAGGUGCUGCAGCGGCGGCGGCGGUAGCAGCAGCAGCACCAGGCACGAACGGCGGUCGCAAAGCCACAUGGGAGCGCGGCGGCGGACGCUGCUUCACGCGAGCCUCAUCGCCGCAUUCCUCGCGGCGUGUUUGUCAGUGCCCAUGUCCGCUGCGGCGAGCGCAGCGGCCGCGGCGACGGCCCCCGCAGCUGGGGAAGCGGCAACGGCAGCCGGGCUGCAGGCGGGCCGGGGCGGCGCCCUCAGUAGACUGCUCCUCCUAGCUGACACGGGCCCUGUGGCUAAGGCCGAGGCUGAAGCUGAGACUCAGGCUGAGACUCAGGCUAAGGCUGAGGCUGAGGCUUCAAGUCCUGAAGCGACAGCGACAGGCGUGUCAGCGUCAGCGGCAGGGGCAGGAGCAGUGGCGAGCGGAGGGGCAGCGAGGGCAGCGGGGGAAGGAGGAGGCGCAGCAGCAGGGAGAGCAGCAGGGGAAUCCGCAAGCGGGGGAGCAGCAGGCGGCAAAGGUGAUGGAGAGGUGGUGCUGGAUGACCUGGGCGACGGCGAUGGCACCGGAGAUGGCGGCGGCGGCGGCGGGGCUCUGCUGAUGCGUCCGUCCUUUGACGCGUCACUGGACUGGGCGGCGAACGUGACGGCCAAGGGCCCUCAUGGCUGCACGCUGCCCAAGCGCGCCGCGCCGCCCGGCCGCCUGCCGCCGCGCUGCCCGCCGCCGCGCCGCACUGUGAGCGAGGAAGAGGCGCGGCGGCUGGGCUGGAGGUUCGCGCCGCUGCUGCACCAGCACCCGCUGGACUGGUCGCGCCUGUCCGACCCGGCGGCCUGGCUGCGCGGCGCGGCGCUGCUGGACCCGCUCACCUACACCCUCACCAGCUUCGACCAGUACCUGGAGGCCAGGCACCGGGCGCGGCGUGUGCGGGUGGAAAAGGCAGCGGAGGCCGCCGCCGCCGCCCGAGCCGCCGCAGAGAAGGCCAGUGGCAAGGCCGGCUCGCACACCGCCGCCUCACACGCCGCGGCAGCGCGCGCCGCCGGCGCCGCCGCGGCCGCCGCCGCGGCGGCGGCGGCGGCCGCGGACCCGUACUGGCUCAUUCACGAGUCGUAUGACACGCACAACUACUUCGCCACCCGCCUCACGCGGCGUGUGCAGCACGCACAGCACCGGUCGCCGCCGCCGCCGCUGGCGCCAGGGGCUGAGGCCCUCGGCAGCAACGCGUCUCACGCCCCGUCUGCGGCAGCAGCAGCAGCCGCGGGGGCUUCCGGGUCGGGCCGGGGGCUGCACCAAGGCCGGAGGGCUGCGGAAGAGGUGGGCGGCCGGAGGAGCAGGCGGCUGCGCGAGGAGCAGGAGGAGGGGCAGGAGGGGACGGAGGAGGAUCAGGCGCAGCAGGGGAAGAAGGGGAAGGAGGGGAAGGAGGGGAGCCGCCUCGCGGCCAGGGCCACGGGCGAGGCGGGCGGCAGUAGCAAGCAGCCGCCGGCAAACGGCAGUAGCAGCGAUAGCAGCAGUAGCGGAGGGCCGCCCUCACAGCACCACGCAACGGCGCAACCCGGGCGAGCGCAGUCGGAGGCGGAGCGGCCGGGCGGCAGUAGCGGCAGUAGCGGCAGUAGCAGCGGUAGCGGCAGUAGCAGCAGCCGCCCCCACCGGCGGCCCAAGGAGGUGCCCGACCCCAAUUUCCCGCGCUUCGAGUCGCUGCAGGGCGACGCCUUCUUUGAGGCCAUCGCCGGCGACCCGCUGGCCGCUGAGGGGCGGCUGGGGGGCCGGGUGUACUUCACAGUCUUCCGACCCAACCUGGAGCACAUGCAGUGGACCCACCACGGUGGCACGGGCGCCGGCGGCGGCAGUAGCGACGGCGGCGGCGGCAGUAGCGGCAGUAGCGGCAGUAGCGGCAGUGCGGGCGGCGGUGGCGCGGGGGGUGGGGGUGGCGGUGGUGACGGCACCGCGACCGGCGGCGAUGCCGGCGGCGGCGGGGCUGGGGCUGGGCGGAGCGGCAAGGCAGCGGCUCAGCGAGGGGGGAAGGAGAGGCCCCGCCGGCGCCUGCUGUCGGCCGCGGAGGGCGGGGGCCCGGGCCUGCCUGCUGCAGGCGAGGAGGAGGGGGAGGAGGAGGAGCGGGAGGAGGGGGGCUGGGCUGAUGCGGCGGAGGCGCCUGCCGGCCAGCCCUCCUCGCCGCAGCAGCAGAUCAGGCAACAGGCGGCCCUGCACAGGCGGCGGGUGCUGGGGCGGCAGCAGCAGCAGCAGCGGCAACUCGAGAAACAGGAGAACCUGGAGUAUCAGCACCUGGAGCAGGAGCAGCAAGAAGUGGAGGAGGGGCGGCAAGAGGUGCGUCGGAGGCGGCGGCUGCAGCAAGGGCCGGCGGACGGCGGCGGCGACGGCGGCGGCGGUAGCGGCGGCGGUGCGGUGGCGGUGCGGCAGGAGCGCGAGCAGCAGCACGCCGGCGGCGCAGAUGCGGCGGGCGGUGUGGAUUACGAUUACGGGGCGGAGGAGGAGGAGGCGGAGGAGGAGGCGGAGCCGCGGGACUAUGGCGAGCCCAGCCACGCCUACGUGUACACCUUCUGGUUCUUCUACCCCUUCAACGGCUGCAGUAACCAGUUGAUGGCCACUCGGUUCGCGGGCCGACACCAGGGGGCCGAGUACUUCAUAUGCCCGCUGGGGGUGCACGAGGGCGACUGGGAGCAUCUCAAGGUGUACGUGUGUGAGGACGGCAUGGCGGCUGCAGCAGACGAGGAGGCGGCGGCAGAAGCGGCAGCAGCUGCUACAGCCGGGGCUGCUGCAGCUGGCCGCAAGGGCGAUGCUGCUACAGCCGGCAACGCGACGUUGUCUGACGUGUCGGGCGCCAUCGCGGCGUUGCAGUACAGUCAGCACACGUGGCUGCCCACGUACGACUGCACCCGGGGCGAGUGCUCCUUCGCGCCCGACCCCGACCGCCCCCACCUGCAGCGGCCGCUGGUUUACAGCGGCCUGCACAGCCACGCCAACAGCCCGCACCUCAGCCACCUAAAUGUGUACGCCAAGAUCAACUUCAAGCAGCUCCUCAACUUCGACGGCAUCUAUGUGGCCGACCGAUACGCCGCGGGAGGCCCGGUCUUCGUGCCCUCGCCCGCAAACACACCCUGGCUGCCCUUCCCGCACCAGAUGAGCGGGCAGCAGGCAGCAGCGGCGCUGCGGCCGGGUGGCGAGCUGGCGUGGACCCAGUACAUGGGCAACUGGGGCGUGCCGCUCACCAGCCCCAACUUCUCAAUGACCUGCCUCACCCACCACCUCACACACGCCGGCCCCUGCGACCCACGCAACCCGCCCGUGUUCAUCCUGGAUCGACUACUGGGCGGAGUGGCGGCCGACCCGCGACACAUCACAUGGACUCCUGUGCUCAGCCCCAAGCGGGUUGCGCCGGAGCUGGGUGAGGGCAUCACCGCGCCGCACGUGCGCCGCGCCGCCGCCGCCGUCUGGGAGCGCGAGCUGGCGGCGCCGCUGUGGGACGACAAGGAGCCGCUGCCGGGCAUAGGCAUCAGUCUGGCGGCGCUGUCACGCGACACGUCCAGCCUGGCCUGCCCGCUGACGGAGGACGCACACCGCACCGGGCUGGGCGGCCUGGCGGCGGACCCCAGGGUGGGGCGGCGGCUGAGGGCCUUCGUAGCGGCGGCCACAGUGGCGAUUGUGGCGGCGGCGGCUCUGAGCGCCCUGGUUGUCAAGUGCAUGCCGCUACUGCUGGCACCCCACCACUCCCACAACCAUCACAACCACCACAACCACCACCACGCCCGCCACAACUACCACGGCGGCGGCGGCAGCGGUUACAACCCCCACCACGACGGACGGGCGGUGUACGGCGUUGUGUACGGAAAGUACGAUCAUCAUGACACGGAUGAUGUCGUGCCGCCGCCGUACGGUGCGCCGCCGCUGCCGAUGCCUUUGCCGUACGGCGGCGGCGGCGGCGGCCCGGAUCCGUUUCGGCAGGCUGCUGGUGGCAGCAUGAUGGCGGCGGCCGCGGGGGAUCAGUUGGUGGGCUCGGGUAAAGGCGGGCGUGGCGUGCCACGGCGGCGGGCUGGCGGCGCCGCCAGUGGCCUCAGCCGCAGCCCGUCAUCGCAAUCGCUGUACUCGUCAGAUUCGUACAGCAGCUUCGAAUCGUACGGCCGCGGUACGCCGCGCGGCAGCGGCGAGUACGGCGGCCGCGAUGCAGCGGGCCGCGUGGCAGACAUGGAGAGGGGCGGCGCCGGCAGCGGCGGCGCCGGCGCCGGCGGCGGCGGCGCCGGCGCCGGCGGCGGCAAUGCAAUGGGUCGUGGCGGCGAGUGGAAUGGGGGGCCGGGCUCGGCGGCCGCACUGCAGCAGGGGCCCGGAGGGCCUAGGAGGGCCGAGCCUGUGGUGGCGGCGGCGGGGUUGGGCGCCGGCAAUAGCUUUCGCGACCGGACGGCGGGCGGCGGCUUGCCGCCCCGGCUAGGCUCCCUAGGUGGCGGCGGCGGCGGUGGCAGCGGUGGCGGCGGCUCCGGGGCCGCGGCAGCAACGGGUCCUGAUGGCGGCGGUGGAGGCGGCGGCGUCGGCGCUUCGUUCUCCGGCGGGGUGUUUUCCAUCGCCUCGCCAGUGACGGCUGCGGCGCUGGCGGCGGCUGGGGCGGCGGAGGGCAGCCGCCACAGUGUGGGCGACGGCAGCCGAGGCGGCGGCGGCGGCGGUGACGGCGGCGGCGGCGGAGACCCCGAGCAUCAGCCGCUGCUGCUGGGGGGCCGGCGGCGGGGCGGCGGGGAGGAUGAUGACGAUGGCGAGGGCAAGCCGCGGCGAGCCACCCGGUGGGGCGCUCUGCGGCGUCUGGCGCCUCCCGCGCUGGCGCUGCUGCCGCUGCUGGCGUGGAGGGGGUGCCGCGGCGGUGCGGUGUGGCUGCUGUGCCGCCUGCCCACAGCCCUGUGCUGCUUCUGGCGGCGCGGCGGCAAGGGCGGUCCCGCGGACGGUGCCGCGGCGGCCUCUGGCGGCGGCGGCGGCGGCGGCGGCGGCAGUGGGCGGCGGCGGCGGCGGGGUCUGGGGCCGUACCUUCUGGGUUGCGCCGUACAACCGGAGAGGCGGCUGCUGUGGCUGUCACUCGGCAUCAUGGCUUACUCGCUGGGCCUGAUCCUGUCGGCACAGGGCCUGCUCCAGACGCUGCACGCGCUGCGCAAUCUGCUGCUGCGCGGCCUGUGGGCCAUUGCGGGGCUGGAGGGUGUGUUUGUGGGGCUGCUGGCGGUGGGCGGUGUGGUGGAGCUGACAGCCAUGGUGGCGGCCGUAUGCAUGCAGCCAAAGCCCCCCUCCGAGCCCAACCACCACCACCAUCGCCACCACCACCACCACGGCACCUCCUCUGCCGCUGCCGCCGCCGGCUCCGCCCCGCGCCUCGCCCGCCGCACCUCCCAGGCAGCCGCCGGUUCCGCCGCCGCCGCCGGCCUCGCCGCCGCCUCCACGCCGCUUCUGCCCACGCUGACCGCCGCGGGCAGCGCCGAACUCGAUGCUGGGGGCCGAGGGGGCGUGGCGGCAGCACGGGACUCCUCUUUCUCGCAGGAUCGGGCGGGAGCGGGGGCGGGGGCGGGAGCGGGAGGGGAUCUUUCGGAUCUGGAUCGAGCAUCUGUGGCAUCCUCGUCUCUGGGACACGCGUACUCCAUGCCUGGAUUCUGGAUUCCGCUGCCCGGCGGCGGCGGCGGUUAUUAUCCCGUACCCGGCGGCCUGCAACUGCCGUCGGGCGCCGCUGUCGCGGCGACGGCGGCGGCGGCUACUGCGGCCGCCGCCACCGCGGCCUCGGCGGCGGCGGCGGCGGCGGCCACGGCGGCGGCGCGGGUGCCUUGGCGCACGUUGGCGUUACUGGCGGCGGUUGGUUACAUGGAGGUUGCUGCGGCUCUGCACCUGUUGGGCUUUGGCCUGGCGCUGUGGGUGGGGGUGCUGGGUGCCAGCGAGGGAUGCAGCGCGGCGGUACAGGGCCUGUACCGCGUCAUCUCCUUCUCGCCCGACGUGUGUUUGGACCUGUCAGUCAUUGGCGUGCCGGGACCGCGCUGCGGCGGCGACCUGAUGCGCAUGUGCAACGUGUGGCGGCAGCUGCAGCUGUCCGGCCUCCUGUACGGCAGCUUACUCAUCAUCGCCGCCCGCCUGCUACUGCUCAUCAUGGCUACAGCCAACUACUACAGCCGCCACGCCGUGCUGCUGCCGUUGCUACUGCCGGGCCUGGGGCACCACCACCACCACCAGCACCACCCGGGGCACCACGACCCGCACGGACAAGGACAGAUGGUGGUGGGGGGCAGGGAGGGAGGCACAGGCGGCGCGGAAGCAGGCGGCGGGCGGGAGGCCAGGAUGCAGCAGCGGCAGCGCCGCCACGCGAGCAGAUCUGGCGGUGAGGGCGGCGGCGGCGGGAAGGUGUCAGCAGGCGAGGGCCUGGGGGGAGAUGGGAGGUCGAGGGACCGCGUGCCGCCGCCGUCGGGAUGGGCACGCGACGGAAACGCGCUGGCGGGUGCGGGGGGUCAGGAGCCGCGGCGGCGCGGCCGCCGGCACGGCGACGGAGGCGACGGAGGUGGCGGCGGCGGCGGCGGCGGCGGCGCGGAUGCGGAAGAGGCCGCUGCGGCUGGCGGCGGCGGCGGCGGCGGUGGUGGUGGUGGUGGUGCUGGCAAGGCGGCGCGUGCCGCUAGUGGCGGCGUGUCUUCUCGCCCCAAGCGGGCAGGCAGCGGCACCUUGAACCAUGGGACCGGCGGCGCGGCGGCUGGCGGCGGCGGAGUUGUGGACGCGGCGGCGGCGGCGCUCGGCGGCGGCGCCGCGGCGGCGGCAGCCCUGUCGGCGCCGUCGGUUGUGCUGCGCCCCAGGCACGUGCGUAGCGGCAGCGGCGCGGGCACGGGCGGGUCACUGCCGACGCUGGGGCUGGAGAUUCGAGACAGGGUGGUGGGUUUCGGUGGAGGUGCGGGUGCUGGUGGCGGGGACUCGGCUGGUGCGGGUGGCGUUGGCGGCUCUGCGGCGGCAGGGGCAGCAGCAGGGGCGGCGGCAGGGCUGCUGCUGCCACAGUCGGCUGUGGGUGCUGCGGGGGCGCUGGGUGGCGCGGGGGCGGCGGCGGGAGGCGGCGGGCCAGGAGGGCAGGUUGUGGUGGAGAUGGCGGGCCUAGGAGGCAUGGCGGCUGGCGGUGGCGGCGGCGGUGCGGCGGAGAAGAAGAAGGGCUCGCGUUGGCUGUUUGGGUUUUGAGGCGCGAGUGAAUGAACCCAUGUGGAUUUGGGCUGCAGCGUUAACCGUCUGAAGCAGCGGUGUGAUCUGGGAGAUCAAUCUCUCGACGCACAUGUGGAUCGGCGGCGGUCAGGGCAUGUGUGGUGAUAGGGGUGCAUGCACGGACGACAGAUUGAUUCCCGGCGUGCGUGGCUGACAAGCUGCGAUGCUGCUGAAACCCUUAACCCACUGAAUGUGUGCAUGUGAAACCAUAAGCCGGUGAUAAGCGCUUGCAAGGACCCGAUCCAUCCGUCCAUGCGGUUUGCCCUCCGGCCCUCCCCCUCUGUGAGUUUAUGAGCAAUCGUUC